UUGACAAUAAAUUUUCUAAUUCUGAUCAGAAUGCCAAAAUCAUUUCUUGUCAAGCAUAAGAAUAUCUGUGCUUUUUACGACCGUGAAGCAAUGGAGACAAACCAAAGCGCCUUCCAAUUGGUGAUGCCUUCUUCUCUCAAUCUUGCAGAUUCAAAGUUCAGCGAUAAAUAUUUAUCAGAGAGACCCUCCUCCGAUCUCCAACAAACUGAUCCUCUCCUCCACCCCGGGGGACUAUUCAGACCGUGGAUGGACCAAAGCAUGAAAAACUCCAGCAUGGAUUCUUUAGCUGCAAGACACAUGAUGACGAUGAUGCAUCCCAGUCUUAGGAUCGGGUUCGACACCCGCUAUCUCCUGCACAACUUCCUGUUGUCAUACAAUCAUUACUUCGGUGGUUAUCCUUUUAAAUAUGGGGCCAUGUAUCCUUCUCCUGUAUCGGAAUCUCAGUCGGCGAAAGAAGAAGACAACAUCGACGACAUUUCCUUGUUGGAAACAAGCAAUGGAGCCUAUGAGUGCACAAAAUGCAACAAAUUCUUCAGCACGCCGCACGGGCUCGAGGUUCACGUACGAAGGUCACACAGCGGGUCAAGGCCAUACGCAUGCGAGAUCUGUAACAAGACUUUUGGACAUGCCGUCAGUUUAGACCAACAUCGAAUUGUACAUACCCAGGAGCGGAGCUUCGAGUGCAAGCAAUGUGGGAAGUGUUUCAAGAGGUCGUCGACGCUUUCAACUCACCUUCUGAUCCACAGCGACACACGGCCCUACCCCUGUCCGUACUGUGGCAAAAGAUUUCACCAGAAGUCCGACAUGAAAAAGCACACGUACAUCCACACAGGUGAAAAACCACACAAGUGUCUACAAUGUGGGAAGGCUUUCAGCCAAUCGUCAAAUCUGAUCACACACAGCAGAAAACACACGGGAUUCAAACCAUUCGCCUGCGAGAAAUGUGGACGGGCUUUCCAGCGAAAAGUGGACCUACGGCGUCACGUGGAAACCCAGCAUACCGUUACCAUGGAGAGGGGAGUGAUAUCAUCCAUGAUGUUUCCAUUUAUUAUGGUGGGCUUUCUAACUCUCCUCUCUGUGCUGGGGGUCGCCUUGGGUGCAGCCGUACCCUCCGAUCCAUACGCGGCACUGACCGUCCUGAAGCAGUCCUGUCGGGAUACCAAUACCUGUCCACUGGUGUACUCGGAGGAAAGUCUGCGCGCGCGUCUUACGCCUGAACAGUACCACGUGACUCGUGAAAAAGGAACAGAAAGGCGGUUUUCUCCUGGUUACGACAACCAUAAACAUGGUUUGUACCACUGUGUCGUCUGCAACAACACCCUCUUCUCGUCUGCUCAUAAAUACAACUCCGGGACCGGAUGGCCGUCAUUUUACGACAGGAUAGGAACACAGAUGGGCAUUGUUGACGAUUACGCCUACGGCAUGCAUAGACUGGAAGUGACAUGUGAGCGAUGCGGAUCACACAUUGGUCACGUGUUUAACGAUGGACCUGCACCCACGGGUCUCCGAUACUGCAUGAACUCUGCCGCCAUGUUGUUUGUUCCAGAUCACAGCAACGAAAACCAUGUGCAGCCUUUGGGCAAAAAAUAAAGCUGAAUUUUGUUUUAAAGUCA